CAGCAAAUAAAAAAAGACCAACUUACAAAUUUGCUUAUUUUAGUUGAACAAAUUAGAAUUAGUUUAAUUUAUAUUUCAUUGAAUUUCUUUUUUUUCAAUGUUUCAAAGUCCGACGAGAGGUAGCCAAUGAUGAACAAAGUGAAGCUGUACCAAUGAUUUUCAAAACAAAUUUUAUAUGACCAAACAAGGAUUGUCAUAUCAUUUUUAUUGUGUUACAGAUUUCGUAGGUUCUGGAAGUAAUGUCGCGUCUUCAAGUACUGAUUUUAGUUCUGGUGGGAACGAAAAUUUUCCUGGUAGACGCCAUAGGAGAGCUGCCGGUCAGUAAUAUUCCAAUCUACAGCGAUGGAAUCUAUUUUGAAAAGUUAAAGCCGGUUAAAAUACAAAUCAGUACAUGGACGCUUCAGGCAGACUACGAGCUGAAGGAGUUUGUAGAGGAAAUUAUCGUGGCUAACUCUAGUGUGGAUAAACUUAUACAGGCUUGCAGAGACCUUAAAAGUAAGUUUCCUGGUAGCUGUGAAAGUAUCGGUAACAUUGUUGAUCUGACGCGCGAACUCAAUGAUUUUAAGAACCUCCUGCAAAGUUUUUGUGAAAGUAACUCCCGUAGGAAGAGGGGAAUUUUGCGAAGUUGGUUUGGACUAAUGGAUGAUGAUGACAGAGAUGAAAUCGACGGAAACUUCAAGAAAAUUGAUGAGCAAAUUGAAACACAGACUUCUACGGUUAAUCAUUUCUUCAAUACUACAAACGAAGCGAUUGCAAUGUUAAGUGGUAACAUGUUCAAACUGGAUCCUAAGAAACCUGAUUCAAUCGAUUAUACUCGUGAAGGUCAGUUACUGGUUAUGGAUAUUCUAUUGAACAAGAUUAUUCGAAAGAAAGAAUUAUUUAUGAAACUUCUUCAAUCAUCCAGUACAAUGUCUCUUGACGAUAACAUUGUAAGUCCUAGUCGUUUACUAAAAGAGCUUGAAAAACUGCACAAGAUUCUUCCGGUUGGUUUCACUUUUCCUGUAGCGUUGAAUCUUCGGGAAGUAAUUAAAAUUUACACGUUGUCAAGAGUUGUUGCACAGGUUGACCAAUGUAAAAUGAAAGUCCACAUUUUACUACCUCUUUGUGAAACAAUUCAAUACACUACAUUGAAAGGAACUAGUGUUCCAACAAUGCAAGAUGGUAUUCUGAAGAUGUUCCCUCUUGAAAAUGACGUUUUGGUGUAUAACAACGACCACCAUUUAGGAAUGGUAAUGAACUACGUCGAGUAUAAAAGUUGUAAUCAUCUAAACGAUUUUGCGUUGUGCAACACGCACCAUUUAAUGAGGAAUCUGUCAUCGGCGGAGGAUUGCAUCGUUGUAACAUUUUUCAAUAGGACGAACUCUGAUUCUGACUGCCGUGUUAGUCGUCUUCAAUUAAGACAUCAGAUUUGGAUUCAACUGGCUGAUCCCAAUCGGUGGGUCUAUGCAAUACCUAACACGACUUCGAUAGAAGUAAACUAUGGUCUAACUUACAAAAGAUUUGUAGAAAUAGGAGGCGUUGGAAUGCUAAAAUUAAUUCGAAUGUGUCACGUGAGAUCUCAGGACGUAAUACUCCAAUAUGUACCGCAAUUAGGUGGUGUUGUUGAGACGCAUAGCUUUGGUUUUCAACUACCAGCAGUAAUAACGCGUGACCAGCCACGCAUAAUUUCCGCUAGUGACAAUAAUAAGGUAAUACUUGCUGGUAAAAAUUCUGAAAGUGUCGUUCUCGAGCGAACUCAUGUGGCUGGAAUACACUACGAGCAGUCAACAUUUUCGCCGUGGGCAGUAGUAGGAAUUGUUUGUGGUGUUUUCAUCGUCACCUUCAUAGCAGUCAAAGUUUAUUUUAAAAUGGUAAACGAAAAACAGCGUCAACAGUUACUCAUGGCACGACUUCAACAACAAGAACUGAUGGGACAGAACGGAGCCGAUUUAAAUAUUACUUCUCAGUCUACUGACUCAGCUAAUACCUCACAGCAAGGAUUCCUGCGGGCGUCAGCUCCAUCUCGGGAAAUAGUGGACUGAAUUUGCAAAUGGUGAUCUUUGACAUUUUCAAACAAAUAACAAACGAACAUUGUUUGAUAACGGAUAUUGUGUGGUCGAUCAGGACAGGUGCCUUACCGUCAUAUUUUCAAUUUUAGAGUAAAUCGGUACAAACAUCUGAGUAGGGAAUAUCGUGCGAUAGGCCCUUGCAAAUGUUACAAAAUUUAAUGCUCAUUGCAUUAUAACUUUCAUGUACACAAUAAUCGAUAAGAUUUUGUGUACAACAUGCUCAAAACCUGAGUAAUGUGCAAUGUGUUUGUAACUAUUGAAAGGGCAUAUCUUACGAUAUGUCCUUUUGACAUGUUUGUACCGAAGUGAUUAUUCAUUAUGUUUUGAAUGCUAGAUUUAUAUCAUUGUAACGUUAUGUGAUUUUUUAAUUAAAUAGGUAUUAUGUAGUAGAAGACGAAAUAUAUAAAAUAUAUUCACGUAAACAAAUAUUCCCUCCCAUUGGUUGGUGGGCUUGACGGUCAUGCAAACAUCAUCGCAUGCAAUCAAUUAGCGUGACAAUUUGAUAAAGAUAUGCGUUACAGCUUUUAGCUUCAUAGUUGAAUUAAAUGAAUAAGAUAUGGAACGGCUUGAAUAAGAUAUUGAUUGCAUUACGCUCCAACAUCCGAGGUUGGAGAGGCCGGUAGAGCUUAACUGAGCUUUUCUUUUGUUUUAUUUUUAUACUACCGGCCCCUAUUACCAGUGUGAAGUGGAAAUUAAGUGGAGUGAACGUAUCUCAAUUGCGAUUCACUCGAUGACAACAAAUGAAUGGUAAAUCGAGUCCAUCUUUGACGUUUAUUGGUAGUUUGUGUGCCAUGAAAUACUGUGGAAUGAUAGAAUAUUGUAGAAUAGAAUAAAAUAAUAUUCACCCCGAUUCUGCAAUCCGAUGGAUUUGUGAUACGAACGAAUCUACACUUUCGUUCGUGUUCGAAUUUUGCAUUCUUUAUUCCGUUCGACUUGUAUGAUUCGAUCGACUCUCGUUCGAGAACACUUGAAAUUUCGAACACAAACCAUCAAAGCUGUCAACACUACUUACACGUUCUAUAUUAUUUAUAUUAUUGUAAUUUUCACUGUCGGUUAGAAAAGAUUGCGAUGCAAUAAGAUAGCGACAAAAUGCCGCAAAGAUAGCGAAACUGUCAUUCGCAUCGAUUGAACCCCUUCGAGACCACGAUCCUGAAAAAAAGCAUCAAAUAGACCGUUACAAUGACAAAUUUCUAUUAGCAGAAUAAUUAUUAAGUAAACUUCAAUCAUAAUGAAUUCAUUUUGAUAAUGCGUAUGUGAUCUGCCAUCGACUGGAACAGGCACGGAUUUUUAAGCGUAUGUUAUUUAUUAUUCGUGCUUUAUUCGAAACAUUGUCGAUUUUAACAAUAAAAAUAAACUAUCACAAAAAAUUUUAAA